CUUGCCCCUCUCUCUCAAAAGCCACUCCACUCCAGCUGCUUUCGCUUUUCUCGAUUUGCACUUCACUUCUUCUUCGUCCUCCCUUUCUAGCAAUCAAAGCAUACGCAAAAGAAGCCUCAAACUCUGAGAACUUCAGUUUCUUUUCACCCUCCGGAGACUGUAAGUGCAGUGACUUACAGGAACCCUGCAGAUUUUUUUUUUUUGGCUCACACAAUGGUCGACGUUGACCGGAGGAUGACCGGUCUCAAUCCGGCUCAUAUAGCUGGCCUUCGCCGUCUUUCUGCCCGAGCUGCUGCUCCUUCAACAGCUUCUUCUCUUCCUGUCCGUAACGGUCUUGUCUCUUUCUCUUCUCUGGCUGACAAAGUUAUAACCCAUUUACGUAACUCAGGAAUCCAAGUUCAGCCGGGUCUUUCUGACGCUGAGUUCGCUCGGGCUGAAGCAGAGUUUGGCUUCGCUUUCCCUCCCGAUCUUCGCGCCGUACUCUCCGCUGGUUUGCCUGUUGGUCCUGGCUUCCCGGAUUGGCGCUCAGGCGGUGCUCGCCUCCAUCUCCGUGCCUCGCUUGAUCUUCCUAUCGCUGCUAUCUCAUUUCAAAUCGCACGCAACACCCUCUGGUCCAAGUCAUGGGGUCCCAGACCAUCCGACCCGGAAAAGGCAUUGAGGGUGGCAAGAAAUGCACUGAAGAGAGCUCCACUUUUGAUUCCAAUUUUCAACCAUUGUUACAUUCCCUGUCAACCUUCUUUGGCUGGUAACCCCAUCUUUUUCGUCGAUGAGAAUCGGAUUUUCUGCUGCGGUUUGGAUCUAUCUGAUUUUUUCGACCGUGAGUCCCUCUUCCGGUGCUCCGAGUCUGACCCCAUACUUCUAAAGAAGCAAAGAUCCGUUAGCGAGAAAUCGGCUGGUUCUUCAACAAAUUAUCCACGUAGAAGCUUGGAUAUGGGCACAGCUAACGGAGCGAGAACCCCCAGAUGGGUGGAGUUCUGGAGCGACGCAGCAGUUGACCGUCGGAGGCGAAACUCGGCGUCUUCAUCAUCAGAUUCAUCGUCGCCGGAGCGGUUUUUCGAUAUGCCGAGAUCGGAGAUGCCAAAAUGGGUGGAUGAGUACAUAGUGCAAAUCGGGUCAGUUUUGAGAGAUGGCGGUUGGAGCGAAGCUGACAUAGCCGAGAUCGUCCACGUGUCAGCAUCCGGUUUCUUCGAGGGGGAGAUGGUUAUGUUGGAUAAUCAAGCAGUCCUAGACGCUUUACUCUUGAAAGCGGAUCGGUUCUCCGACUCCCUCCGAAAGGCUGGGUGGAGCUCUGAAGAAGUUUCGGACGCAUUAGGGUUUGAUUUUCGACCGGAAAAGGAAAGGAAACCGGCUAAAAAAUUGUCACCUGUGCUGGUUGAGAAAAUCGGGAAAUUGGCUGAGUCGGUUUCUCGGUCAUAAAGUCGGCAUCGAGAUUCUUUUUUUAUUUUUUUUUUCCCAUAUUAAAGCCUCGGGGGUUUGGGUUUCCCUUUUUAAAUACUGAAAAUUGAAAAUACACGGGGAAACGCGUUGUACGAUGAAACAAAGAGUAUAAAAGACUUUAAAAAAAUAAAAAAAAAAAGAAAAAUGAGAGGGUUAAAAUUACACGAUUGUUCAUAUGUAUAAAUAAUUUACCGAGGCAUUAUUAAUUUAUUAUUGCUA